AUGGACUCUCCAAGAAAGGAGAACGUGUUGUCCCAUUGGAAAUGUCUCGCCGCCUGUACCUUGGUUAGCAUGUGUCCAUUUCAGUAUGGCACAGAUUUUGGUAUUAUCGGUGGUCUUCAGGCAAUGCCUGGCUUUCUCCACGUCUUCGGCCAGAAGGACCCGACCUCUCCCAUCGGGUACAACAUCUCCCACGAGCGCCAACAGCUCAUCUCGUCUCUCAUGAUCCUGGGUGCUUUCAUCAGUUCUAUGUUUGGAGGACCCAUCGCCCAUUACAUCGGCCGGAAGCUGUCUCUGUGGCUGGCAUGUGCAGUCUGCGUCAUCGCCAAUGUAGUCAUGAUGACUACGACCAGCAUUGGAGCUUUGUAUUUUGCCCGUACCUUUAUCGGUAUCGCCAAUGGCUUGUUUCUGACCUUUGGUCAACUCUACCUGCAAGAAUGCUCGCCGGCGAGGUAUCGAGGAUUGGUCAUCAGUCUGUUCCAGACAUGGACCUCGAUCGGUUCCUUGAUAGGCACAAUUGUCGACAACUUCACCGUCAAAUAUGAGGGGAAGCAGCAGUACAUUGUUCCCCUUGGUAUAAUCUACAUUAUCCCAGGUCUUCUGUCUAUUGGCUUGUUCUUCAUCCCAGAAUCUCCACGGUGGUACCUCCUCCAGAAUAAGCCCGAGAAAGCACACAAAGCGCUCAAAUGGCUCAGGCCAUUUCCCGACACGAUCGAUGCAGAAAUCCACGAGAUGCAGUCUGCCAUUGAGGCGGAGCGAGCUCUUGCCAGGAGCGCCGACAUCUUGGACAUGUUCCGGAACCCGGUCGACCGAAGGCGAACAUACCUUGCCUGUGCUGCCAUCUCACUUCAAGCUGCGUCUGGAGCCAUGUACAUGAUCUCUUAUGGUACAUACUUCUUCGAGAUGGCCCAGGUCGGAUCGCCCUUCGAAAAUGCCUGUAUCCUUACUGGCGUCGGUGUCGCUGCGAUCCUGAUCAACAGUGCCGUCAUUACUCGUUGGGGACGCAGACGAUUCUUCCUCGUUACCGGCAUGAUCAUUUGCGGCAUGGCGCAACUCAUCGUGGCUGUCGUGUAUGACAAGCAAGGGCCUGGCCAAACCACCGGAAAGGUCAUUGUUGGUAUCUCGGUCGUCUACUUGGUCGGUUACAACGGCAUGGUCGCUUCCUACGCGUGGCUCUGCGGCGGAGAAUUCCCGUCUCAACGUCUCCGAAGCUACACGUUCGGUCUGGCGACUUCCAUUGGCUUUUUGGGAGCUUGGCUUGCGACCUUCACCGCGCCAUACUUCAUCAACCCGGAUUCGUUGAACUGGGGACCCAAGUACGGAUACAUCUGGACGCCGUCGUGCUGGAUCGCGGCUCUGUGGACAUGGUUCUUCCUCCCAGAAACGCAUGGUCGCACCUUCGAGGAGAUUGAUGAAAUGUUCGAGGCGCACGUUCCUGCGCGCAAGUUCCGAAAGUACCAGUGCGUGGGAUCUGUGGCGGCCGCUGCGGCCGCUGUACAUGAGGAGGAGAAGGCAGCGCACCAUGGCAAAGUCAGCCACGAUGAGGUUGUCUGGUCGAACGAGAAGGCUGCUGCGGAGACCGCUGUGGCCAUCAGCUGA